AUGAAUAUCAAAACUGAUCAUAACUUACCUGAAGUUUGUAUGGAUGCGUGGGAUGAGUUGCAUAAAGAGUAUUUGCCAGAAGAUAAUUUGUGUGCUGAAUCUUAUUAUGAGAUUCACAAACUUGUUCAUAGUCUUGUCUUACCUUCAGAGAUGAUAGAUGUGUGUAUAGACAACUGUAUGAUCUACUGGAGGAAAGAUGCAAAAUUGUUGGAGUGUAAAUUUUCAAAGAAGCCACGAUAUAGACCAGAAGAACGGGGGCGGAAUAGGGUACCGUACCAGCGGAUGUGGUACUUACCUAUUUCGGAUAGACUGAAGAGAUUAUAUCAAUCUGAAAAGACUGCAGCAGCGAUGAGAUGGCAUGACGAACAUACUCAGAAGGAAGGCGAGAUCAAUCACCCGUCAGAUGCAAAAGCGUGGAAACACUUGAAUUCGGUUCACAAAUAUUUUGCAAGCAACCUUCGCAAUGUUUAUCUUGGAUUAUGCACAGAUGGAUUUAGUCCUUUUGGAAUGUCUAGAAGACUAUACUCGCUUUGGCCAGUCAUCCUGACGCCAUACAACCUUCCACCAGAGAUGUGUAUGGAAAGAGAAUUUCUUUUCAUGAGUAUAUUGAUACCUGGGCCUAAGCAUAUGAAGCGGUCUCUCGAUGUUUUCCAACAACCUCUGAUAGAAGAAUUGAAGGAAUUGUGGUUGGACUACGAAUGGGAGACUAGCUUGUCCUUAUUGUAUGGGAAGCACAUUUGCAUUUCAGCUGAAGCAUGGUCAAAAUUGGUUGUACGGGACACUGUACCACCUUAUUUAUCUGGAGAGGAAAUCGAGAAAGAUAUUGAUUACUAUGGUGGAGAGGAAACAAUCAGCAAAGGAGGUAAUUGGCAUACUACUGCAAAUAUGGCUGAUGGUUACGGGACACAUCAUAAUUGGCACAAAAAGAGUAUAUUUUGGGAACUUCCAAACUGGAAGGAUCGGCUUCUACGACACAAUCUUGAUGUGAUGCAUAUAGAGACGAACUUAUUGGACAACAUCAUCAAUACAUUAUUGAACGUCCCUGAAAAGACAAAAGAUAACAAGAACUCAAGGUUGGAUUUGUCUGCAUUAUGUUCUAGGAGUGAGCUGCAUAUUAAAGACGAUGGGAAAAUUCUGGUUCCCAUUUUCAGAUUGUCAGUAGAAGCAAAAGCGGCGUUGUUCAAGUGGGUGGCCUCAGAUGUGAAGUUUUCAGAUGUGUUGAACAGGGGCGGAAAUUUUCAGGGAUGA